CGAUGUACAAACUGAUUUGCGCCGUUCAAAAUUACAGCUGGGGUAAGCCUGGUAGUUCCAGCACAGUUGCCGCUUUAGUUAAAGAUGGUCAUCAUGCGGAUUGCGUCGAUGAGCAAAAGCCGUAUGCUGAGUUCUGGAUGGGGGUUCAUCCCAAUGGACCUGCAAAGAUAGCUGAAACUCUUGAAGAUCUUGCAAAUCGCAUCACUAAUCACCCAGAGCUCGUAGGAGAGCAUGAGCAGGGAACGUUGCAGUUCUUAUUCAAGGUGCUGUCCGUGAAUAAGGCGUUAUCUGUGCAAAGUCAUCCUACGAAGGAAGAGGCUGCUAUACUGCAUAAAAAUGAUCCUGUCCACUAUCCUGAUCCAAAUCAUAAACCAGAGAUGGCUAUAGCUCUCACAAAUUUUGAAUUAUUAUGUGGAUUCCGUCCAGCUAAAGAAAUCUACCGAAAUCUAAAAGGCGCUCCGGAGGUUCUUUCCCUGGCUGGAGGAAGUGGAGAGCUGGAAAACUUACUGGGAGGUGAUGCAGCUGCUAAGGCAGCUUUGAAGAACAUUUUUACCAAAAUCUGGAGUUCUACUCCUGAGCAACUUGCUGAGGCCGUUCAAAAGUUUAUAUCUCGUAUCAAAAAUGAGCCAAGCGAACUCAAUGAUUUGAUGGUCAGGCUCGAUCAUGAAUUUCCGGGCGACACCACUACCAUGACAAGUUUAGUUGUAGGUGACGUUGGCGUUUUCGCACCCCUUUUGCUCAAUCAUUUCACACUGAAGCCUGGUCAAGCCUCCUUUCUGGGCCCUAAUCAGCCACAUGCCUACUUGUCCGGAGAUUGCAUAGAGUGUAUGGCCUGCUCAGACAACACAAUUCGAGCAGGGUUGACUCCUAAGUUCAAGGACAUCCAGACUUUGUGUGCUAACCUUACUUAUGCCAUGAGUGGGCCACCGAUUUUUGCUCAUAAAGAAGUCUUUUCUGGUGUCGACUUGUAUGCUCCUCCUGUGCCCGAGUUUGCUGUGCAGUCUGUGAAGGUAUAUAUGUUUCCUUUAGAAAGUGAACACUGAAA